UCCGCUGUCAGGGCUGUUGAUCACGUGGUGUGCGAGCUGCUCAGCUGACUGGCUGGCUGCCGGGAGAGGAACGAGGAAGAGGAGAGAAGAUGGAAGGCAACAGAGACGAGGCGGAAAAGUGUAUGAAUAUAGCCACCAAAGCUCUCGAAGCAGGUGACAAAGAGAAAGCGGUGAAGUUUCUAAACAAAGCGGAGAAGCUCUACCCGACUGACAGAGCAAAAGCUUUGCUGGAAGCAUUAACGAAGAAUGGGAGCUCGGCAGGCGCUGGUGCAUAUCGCAGGAAACCAGCAGAGAGAUCAGAAACGACGGGAGGCCGGCCAGAAGAAGGCGGUCAAGAAUCCAGAGCUGCAGAAUCUAAGGGCUUCACUAAAGACCAGGUUGAAGGUGUACAAAGAAUAAAAAAGUGUAAGGACUAUUACGAAGUGCUCGGUGUCAACAAAGAGGCCAAUGAAGAUGAGCUUAAGAAAGCGUACAGGAAGCUUGCUCUCAAAUUCCAUCCUGACAAAAACCACGCGCCUGGAGCAACGGAAGCGUUUAAAAAGAUCGGCAACGCUUAUGCAGUGCUUAGCAACCCAGAGAAAAGGCGGCAGUAUGACCUGACGGGAGGAGAGGAGCCAAGCAGUCCAAGCCAGUCACGAGGAAACGGCUUUGACUUCCACAGGGGCUUCGAGGCAGAUAUCACUCCUGAGGACCUCUUCAACAUGUUCUUUGGAGGCAGCUUCCCUUCCUGUAAGAUAAUUACAGACCGUUAUGCAUCUGACCUCAGCCGUAAUGGUUUGUCCACAGCAAAUGCACAUACUUUCACAAACGGCAGGACAAGUUACAGCCAUCAGACGGACUAUCGGCAAGAGAGAACAGAGGAAAGAGGAGACGGUGGAUUCUCAAUGUUUAUCCAACUGAUGCCCAUCGUGGUCCUGAUUUUAGUGUCAAUACUGAGCCAGAUGAUGGUGUCCCCGCCCCCCUACAGCCUCUAUUCCAGACCGUCCACGGGCCAGACUGUAAAAAGACAGACAGAAAACCUGCGUGUCGACUAUUACGUCAGCAGGGAUUUCAAGUCUGAAUUUAAGGGCUCAGCUCUGCAGCAAAUUGAAAAAAAUGUAGAAGAGGACUAUGUAACAAAUGUUAGAAAUAACUGUUGGAAGGAGAGACAGACAAAAACAGACCUGCUUUAUGCUGCUAAGGUGUACAGGGAUGACCGCAUGCGCAAGAAGGCAGAACUCAUGACCAUGGAUAACUGCAAGGAGCUGGACAGACUUAAUAACUUGUUUAGAGGUGGAUGAGCUGACUUCUUUUAGAACAUUUUAAUGUAUAUGAAUACAUGUGUAGUAUCCUUUUUUCUUUUCUUUUUUCUUUUUUUUUUAAGGAAAAGUCUAUACACUAGGAGCAAAAACUUAAUGAAGUAACGUAGCUCUGUUAUUGAAGUCCGACAAUGUUUCCCUCCUGCCAAAUUCUUUUCUUCACUUCUAGCCUGACUCUGGGAAUCGCCUUGUUGCAUCAUAUUGAGUCAGUCAACACACUGUAGAAAGUCCUCCUUCUUCUUUUUCUCUCCUUUCAAUACUUGUGUUUUCCUCAGAGUGAGGACAGAGAUACUUGAUUGUAAAGCUAUGUGCUUUAGGUCGCAUGAACUGGAGAGGCAUUCUGCACAAGCAAAAAUAAGGUGUGAGGAACAAAAAAAAAACAGCAACAGCUUUUUUGCAUCAUCUGCUUGUCAUAACUGAAAGACGUUGAUAGGAGCACCUGGAGGUGCUGUCUUCCAGCCAGAACUAUAUGCUGAAGGGGGAAAAGAGACGAACAGAAUGCCUGUUUUAGCUUCCUGCUCAUCUCAACUUGCGGAUGAAGAUCACUGGAUCAACGAGAGUGGCUUUGAUACUUAAACGUUUCAAUAACCACUGGAAACUGUGAAGCUGGUUGGGACUAAAGAUGAAUGAACAGUGAAACUGUUAUUCACAAAUGGUUGUAAAUUUUCAUUUUUGAAUGUUUGAAGUCAAAGAAGUUAUUUAAGUAAUUAUAGAAGAAACAAUGUUUUUCUUCAGUGCUUGGCUAAUCAUUUAAAUAAAGUGAAAUUGUCACCAUGGAUUGGAUGUUAUUGUCUCAGUGAAUAUGACAUAAAAUACGCAAAUGCUGA